AUGACUGCUGGAUUUCCACCAUUUAUGCAUCAAGAUCAAAUGAAAACAUUUGAACAUAUUAUUUCUGGAAAAAUUAAAUUUACAAGUAGUUUUUCAACACCACUUAAAGAUCUUAUACGUAAUUUAAUACAAGUAGAUUUAAGUCGACGUUAUGGGAAUUUAAAAAAUGGUAUAAACGAUAUUAAACAACAUGCUUACUUUGCUGAUUUAGAUUGGUUACAAUUAUAUCAUUUAAAAGUUCAUCCACCGUAUAAACCAAAAUGUCAAGGACCCGAUGAUACAAGUUGUUUCGAGAAAUGGGAUGAAGAAAUUUUUAAAACUGCUGAUAAAGAUAGAUUCAAGCAUGAAUUUGAAGAUUUUUAA